ACAACAGGGUCAAGGGUCCAUUUCAGAGGAUGACACUCUUGCGAACAAAGAACUUCUUCAACUUUUACUUAUGCGUAAAAAAAAGGGACAAAAGAAGAAAUUCGCCAAGAGAUCAGACACCGCCACAUAGCCUCACAAACAUCGACGACCCUGAGAGCGUGCUUCUCAACCACCAAGGCGACAGUCUCUGCUCCCACUGGCAACCUGUUAGUUUGCUGCUGUAAUCAACGGUUCAACACUAGACGCGUCGGUCUGUGUUGGUUUACCACAUCCUCCUUUUUGCCCUUUACGUUUGCGCUUUCGACCAGUCAUGGACUCUGGUGACGAUAUUCUAGACUACCUGGCUUCUCUGCUGCCGGCAGACUACAGGAACUUUAUCCUCCGACACAUCUUGCAGUCCAACACGCCCGUCCAGAUCGCCAAGCGCAAGUUCGUCUACCACGCCCGGAGAACUUUCGACGUCAUGUAUCCCUUCGUCCAGCCGCUCGUGAGCCGGUUCCUCGGCGCAUUGUACGACUCCCCAGACGUUGUCGUCAUAAUCUUCACACUCACCGUACUCUACCUGGCGUUCCAGGUCCUCAACUGGAUGCGCCGCGUGGUCAUGUUCUGGACGAGGAUGGUGGUGCGCGCCACCAUCCUCGCCUUCAUUGUCAGUUUACUAUCUAUGGCAUACCAGAGAGGGUUGGAACAGUCCAUGCGGGACGUAUUUGUCGUCGGUGGGAAGCUGUCUGGAUAUGUGGCCUGGGCCAAGGACAUCUGGCUUCGGGAGUAUGGUAACUACCAGGCUGCUGCUGCAAACGGAGAGGCACAGAGAGGUGCCUAUGCAAACGCGCGGAGUCAUCGUUAGGUCGGAACUCAGGUGAUGUCGGAGACAGACUCCAGCCUACUACCAUCAUGACGACAUGUCCUUACGCCAGUUGUUCAUUUGGGUAUGUGCGCCCUCCAGUAAACAUGCCACUUCUGUUCUACAUCAUUCUUCUCUUGGGUAUUAUCUUUCGUUUUUAUCGUUACUCUUCCGCCUCUUCAAACUCCUCGUCCUUUAGUUCCCUAGGCUCCUGGGCUUCGUGGAACUGUAUGCAAUCGUCGAUGUAGCUCAGGAUGGCGCCAACGCUGUCUUCGUCGGACGAGUCGAGCCUCAAAUAGCUGACCAUGCUGAACUGCUCGAUCAGAUUCGCCACGGCCUUGUUCAGCCGCCUGAAACUCGCACCGCGCAUCAGUACAUCUGUGUCCUGCGGCGGCCUCUGCUCUUCGUCGAAAUCUUCGUCUCCUGCGGCGGCUUGGUUCCCCUUGUUCGCGGGAUCGUCCUCCAGUAAUGAUACGUCGGGGUUGAUAAAUCGCUUCAGAUCUCUUUUGCGCACCUGGCCCUUGACCAAAUCCAUCUUGGAUAAUAUGUUGAUAUGUGGCACCUCGAGCAUUAUCAUGGCACUCAUGGCGCUCAACGUUCCGGCAAAGAACUUGGGGCGGUCGACGACGAAUGUGGCCUCGAGGAGGUAGGCGGCGCAUAGUCUUAUGUCGAGAGCACCGGAUUGUGUGAGGAAUUUGACGAGGGCCGGGAGGAUCGGGAUGUGCGUGUACAGCUCGAUCUGGCCCGGCAUGUCGAUAAUGAUGAGGUACUCUUCAGUCAGGGACUCGAGCGCCUCUGUCAGAAAGUCAAGGUUUUCCAUUAGGAACUCGAAGCAAUAUAUCAACCCGCCGUUCGGGCCCAAGCCCAUCUCCUCCAUGACAUCUUCGAGUGAAAUUAGGUCUUUGAUAU